UAUCGCGAGGCUUCGUUCUGUCGCGGGACGGGGACGGGAUGAGGUCGGAGGAGACCUUCGGAGGUCUGAGUGCGGUGGUUACUGCUCAGAGUCCAGGCGGGCGGGAGAAGCUGUCGGCGGCGGAGGUCCAGUUCCACCGGGAAUCUCCGCGGCGAGAACCUCGGACACCACCAGCGUCGUCCGGCUCUGGAGGAGGGACCGUCAAACCUCGCGAGGAGAAGAGGACGGUUCUGAGCAAGGUGGUCCUGCGGCGGCUGCCCCCCGGCCUCACUAAGGAGCAGCUGGAGGAGCAGCUGCGCCCGCUGCCCGCUCACGACUACUUCGAGGUGGCCGGCGCGGACCGCAGCCUUUAUCCUCAUCUCUACUCAAGAGCAUACAUUAAUUUUAGGAAUCCUGAUGACAUCCUUCUGUUCAGAGAUCGUUUUGAUGGAUAUGUCUUCAUGAGCAGUAAAGGCCUGGAGUAUCCUGCCGUGGUAGAGUUUGCUCCAUUCCAGAAGAUAGUCAGGAGGAAGCUGAAGAAGAGAGACAGCAAGACGGGGGGCAUUGAAGACGAUCCAGAGUAUAAACAGUUUUUAGAAACUUACAGCAUGGAAGAAGAGAGAACCAGUGCCAACCCUGAAAUUCUUCUGGGAGAGAUAGAGGCAAAGACGAGAGAACUUGUUGCUAGAAGAACCACACCUCUUUUGGACUAUAUUAAAAACAGAAAAUUAGAAAAGCAGAGAAUUCGAGAAGAGAAGCGAGAAGAACGAAGGAGGAGGGAGUUAGAAAAGAAACGCUUGCAGGAGGAGGAAAAAAGAAAAAGACGAGAAGAAGAAAGCUACAGGAGGAAAGAGGCAGAUAAACAAAAGACAACUAUGGAGACAGAAGUGAGGAUAAAGCUUCUUAAGAAACCAGAAAAGGAAGAGGAACCAGACACAGAAAAACAAAAAGAAAGAGGCGAGGAAGUCAGCAUUGGAGAUGGAGAACAGGAAACCUGUGCCCCCUGCACCUUCGUGAGAGCCAGGCCUUCAGAGAGCCCAGUAGGGGUGCCCAGGGAGAAGUCCCAUGAUGACAAUGACAAAGAGCAGAGGGACAUGGAGAGAAGAAUCCAAGGACCUGAAACACCAGAAUGCCACUCAGAUGAUGUUAGAAAGCACAGUGGUCACUCUGAGUUUGACAGAUUUCCUAGAAGGAAUGAAGAUGAGCUGAGAUGGGGAGAGGGAUUCAUCCAAGACAGAGGGAAGAAGAAGAGCCAGGAUGGGGGCAUCCCUGUGGGGACAGCAGAGAGCCCUGCCAGGGAGCAGGAAGGGGCCUGCAGCCCGGCACUCGGAAGGGAGCGCCCAGGAAGUAGGGCCCUGUAAUCCACUUGUCUGCGCCCUGAGUGGGCACUGUGCUUCUGCAGGUUCACAACCACUGUUUCCAAACAAAUUCUCUUAUUAAAUCAGGUAGGAAUCUGUCUGGGUGUGUUGAGGUCCAGGAUUGUGCCCUGACUCGGUCACCCACGUGGCCUCUGACAGUUUCUGGACCUCUUCAUUGGCCAGUGUCUCUUCGGCAUUUUCACUCAUGCAGUCUACCCCAAGUCUGGAGGCAGCCCCAGGGUAAACCUGCCAUCACCUGCUCUCAGAAGCAAGUUGUUUCUCACCAAGAAGAGUAUUUUAUUUAGUAUAAAGCUAGAAUUUUAUAGUCUACUUAUGAAUGAGAUUAUAACAUCUACCCUUAAGUUAGUAAGGAAAAUAUAACAUCCUGUGGAUCCUCCUUUGUUAUUGACCACGAGCACUUAAAGCCUGUUCUGCUCAGGUGGGAACACCAUGCAGGGUUCCCACUGAACCAGGCCAAUAGAUUUUUCUUUCCAAAGUUUGAAGUUUACUUUUUCUUUUUCUUAUUUAUUUAUUUAUUUUUUUGGUAUGGUACUAGGCAUUGAACUUGGGACCUUGCACUUGCAAGGCAGGUGCCAGAACCACUGAGCUAACUCCCCAGCCCUGAAGUUUACUUUUGUCCGCUCACAUUUUCCCAGAGUAUGGCUGGUGCCGUUACUCCUGAGGCCAGUUUCCACACUGGGAGCUAUGUCUGUCCUCUACAUGAUUGUGGCAUCUUAAGAAUGUAGGGCCUUGGGCCGAGGAUUUAGCUCAGUGGUUCCUCUGCCUGCCCUACAAGCACAAAGACCUGAGUUCAAUCCCCAGUACCAAAAACAAAGAACAACAAUGAAAAAGAAUGUAGGGCCAGGGAUUUAGCUCAGUAGUUCCGUCACCUGCCUCGAAAGCACAAGGACCCAAGUUUGACCCCCGGUACCAAAAAAAAAAAAAGAAUGUAGUGUGAACGAGAACACAGUGUGACCCCCUCAACCAACUGUCCUCCCUCGCCUACUCUCUUCAGACCCACCCUGGCUGCUGUGCGUGGAUGGUGUUCAUGGAUAACCUGUCCAGGAAAGGCCAAGAGAGCCUUCGGGCCUUCACCAGUAACCCACAGUCUCCGUUAACCACAGGGAACAGUCAUGUUUGCAAGGCCACGUCUCUUUCACCCUCCUUUGUGUUUGAACAGCAGUGGGUGGUUUGGGUGCCCACAGACCUCUAAGUGGGGCCCAUAAGGACUCCUCCUGCCUGACAGCAAGGCACUGUGGAGUAACUGCUUCCAUGAGGCCUGGCAAGGAGUGUGUUCAGGAUCAGACUGUACCUCCAUCUGAGGACACAGCCCUUCGGGUUGGGGGAGGCAACCUGAUGGGGCUGCACACAUAUCCCAGGAAUAGUCAAGGUGAGUGGAAUAUCUUAGAGAAAGUGGACCGACCCAUAGGUUUCCUGGCGGGUGCACUUGGGCUCUCGCGGUGGCUGGGAAGGAUGAUGCAGGGAGCGUGAAUUGGGCUCCUGUGCAGGAUAAAGCUGACUUGGACUUAAAUGUCCACCAGAAAUAAACUACAGCCUGAACCAUAGUGCAGCCAUCAUGGGCUUCAUUUUGUCCUACACCUGGCAAGGAAGGGAACACUGGGGAGCUUCUGUUCCCCUCUGUGGUGAAUCUCAUUUCAGUGUCUUAGCCUGAGAAGCAGGGAUGGUGUUCACCUUGGGCUGCAGGGGUCAUGUCAUUCAUACCCAAGCAGUUUGUUUUCUGGUUUUCCUGUCUUUAAAACUAAGGCCAUGUAGGGCCGGGGAUUUAGCUCAGUGGUUUUAACACCUGCUGCACAAGCGCAAGGACCUGAGUUCGAUCCCCAGUACCAAAAAAAAAAAAAACUAAGGCCACGUCAGAGACUAACAUGAAGUGUUAAGUAGAGCUGCUUGAUCUCGUUAACACAUUAGUAGUAAACAAUGAAGUUUAUUUUCAGAACGAUAUUCCAGAGCUGCAAGGUUUUUUUUUUAAACAUAAUUCAUCUUAAUUAAAUCCACCACUGUCCCAAAUGA